AUGCUCGUCCCAGCCAAAGCGCUGGACCUCUUCCUGCUCUUGCUCGCCGCCUCGAAGCUGCGCCAGCGAUGCAACGCAACACAAGGCCUCGACGCCGCGCACCCGCGCUACGGCGCCGCCGCGGCGCUCCUCUCCGGCGGCCUGCGGCACGCGCGCUGCAAGCCGCCGCACGGCGACGACGCCGCCGGCGUCGCGCGCGCCGUGACCAUCGACGGCGAGGCCUGCAUCGUCACGGAGCGCUGCGCGGCGAGCCUCGGCGGCCUCCGGCGCCGCUGGGGCCUCGGCCGCUCGCUCGCCGCGCUCGGCCG